AUGAGCGACCACGAAGAGAAGUUGGCUGGAAGUUCGUCUUCGCCAAUGAGCAGCGUCGCAAUGCAGAGCCCCAUCACAGAACACAUCGACAACGGCAAUAAUGAAAUCACAGCUGUGUCGCGCACGCCACCUCAAUCGGCCAACAAACGCAGCAGAGGUCGUCCACGCAAAUACCACACCGAUGCUGAGCGUGAAGAAGCGAAACGCCGGUAUCGCGAAAACCACAAGACCAAAGCUGCAUCUGGAGGUGGGGUGAGCGGAGGUGCAAUUCCUGGAAACUACACAGCUUUUGUUCCUGCUCAACCUGUACCCAGACAACAAGAUGUUGAUGAUUUGUGGGAGGCUGUGAGGGGAUUGCAGGCAGAAGUUGCGGGUUUGAAGAUGCAGCUUGCGCAGAGGGAUGCGGCUGCAGCUGCCGCUUUACCGCCGCAGAAGCGCAGGAAGCAGAGACAGGCUACAGAACCUGCUAAUCCAUCCUCCACGACUCGCUAUCUUUUAUGCACCUGCCAGCUAUAUUCUUCUUUGCCAACAUACACGACAAUCGCCAAAUUCCUGAUCAAAUUUGCUUCCGAAGCAUCGUGGCCUACUUUGGCGGCUGCAUUUUCCUCGUAG